AUGAAUGGCACCGACUUGCAGAAGCGGCUUCAGUCUCAGCCACAUGAAAGGACACACAUACGUCAUCCUGUAACGUAUGUAGCGCAAUCUGGACAAUCGAGUACACACAAAUGGUUGCGAAUGGAUGAAUACUGACCGUAGUCAAUUCUGAGGCUCUAGUGAUGGGUUUGCGGUGGAAUCGAAAUCUCGUUGGGACCUCAGCUAUGAGGAGUUUGAACCCUGCACCUGAUAUGAGUCUCAUCUCCGAGAACCAUACGGUGCUAGAGCAUCUGGUCAAAUGUAUGGUCGGUACUGGUUUCCAUCCUUGCGGCACAGCAGCCAUGCUGCCUCGCGAGAACGGUGGGGUUGUCGACGUUGACCUGAAGGUGUACGGGGUUCGAAACCUCCGCGUUAUUGAUUCCAGCAUCAUUCCACUCAUACCCAGUGCACAUCUGCAAUCUGUAGUGUACGCUUUGGCUGAAAAGGUUGAUCAUUCCUCCUUAUCGAAGAAAAGAAAUUGAUGACCUCUUGGCGCAAGGCGUCUGUAUCGCCGCACUGCCCGGCCUCCAGCCAUAUCGCUUAGUGUGGGGAAAUUCGUAGGCGAUAAAGUAAUCGUCUAGCCUUUACGCUCCGAUUGCGUUAUGAAUGGGCAGUUAGAGCAAACAAGAACCAAGGUUGCCAAGUGGCCUACAGAAUCAGGGUGCUU